AUGCUUGAUGAUUUGCAUCGUCAGUAUGGACCAAUUGUGCGGACUGGCCCAUGCGACCUUUCCAUUGCUCACCCUCAAGGAGUGCGCCUGAUCUAUGGUCCGCAGUCUCCCUGCACCAAGAACGCGUUUUAUGAUAUGUCGUACCCGGCGCAGUCGCUCCUUUCAUUCCGCGAGAAGCCGCUCCAUGAUCGUCGCCGUCGUGUCUGGAGCCCUGGCUUCAGUGAAAAAGCACUCCGCGGGUAUGAGAAAAGAAUUCGAGUCUAUCGCCAGAAGCUGUUUGACCAGCUCAUGGCACGUGAGGGAGAAACUGUCAAUGCGAUCCAGUGGUUUAACUUCUACGCAUACGACGUGAUGGGUGAUCUUGCAUUCGCGCGCAGUUUUGAUAUGCUCGACGAUAAUGAGAAUCAUUGGGCGAUUCAGGUCCUACUAGACGGUCUCGGCCCGCUCGAGUAUAUGAUUCCUGUCUGGCUUCUACGGCUUUUCCUGGGUAUUGCCAUGUUGUCCAAGGACUGGUGGCAAUUCGGGAAAUUCUGUAAUGAUCGCCUCAUGCAUAGAUUAAAGAACACACCGGAUAUUCCUGACAUUAGUGCAUCGCUGCUUGCGCCGGUAGACUGUGAUAAUCUCAGUUCAAAUGAUAUAGGGACGCUGGGCGCUGAUACACGAUUAAUUCUGACGGCAGGAAGUGAUACCAGUGCCAUUGCACUUACUAUGAUUCUAUACGAACUCGCGCAGCAUCCUGAUGAGGCACAGAAGCUGCGAAAUGAACUAGCUCCCUAUACCCCUGAUGAGAAUGGAGAGUACUCCCACGAUCAGAUUUCUCAAUUGAUGCGGCUGAACGGAUUUAUCAAUGAAACACUGCGACUUCAUCCACCAAUUCCUGGUGUGAUCCCACGGAAGACACCUCCUGAAGGAAUGAAACUUGGAGACACUUUUAUACCGGGAAAUAUCAAUGUCUCGUGUCCGCAGUGGGUUCUCGGUCGAUCUACAGACGUAUACGUUGAUCCUGAAAAAUUUACUCCUGAGCGAUGGUUUGAGAAGCCAGAAUUGAUCAAGGAGAAAUCAGCAUUUGCGCCAUUUACCAUUGGCUCAUACGCAUGUAUCGGCAAAUCGCUAGCCCUCAUGAAUCUGCGCACCACCACUGCCCGCAUGAUUAUGACUUUUGACAUUCAGUUUCCCCCGGGAGUGGAAGGCCCUUCUUUGCUGGACAAUUCUCGCGAGCACUUUUCCUUGAGUAUAGAACAUAUGCCAAUCUUGUUAACUAGGCGGCAAGAAUAG